GUGGGGCGGGCGGAAGCGCCGGGCGAGGUGGGCGCGCCCGGACCGCUGCCGCGAGCUGGCUGCAGCCGCGUGUGACAGACGGUACCGGGACCCCGAAUCCCACCUCGUGGAGUUCUCUUCGUUCAAAACAGCUUCCACCUCAGACACCAUGAGGAGCCCUUGGGACUAGGAACAGCCUCCUUGGAGGACCAGGUGUCCUUGGUGGCAGGUCUGAGCCUGGCCCUGGGCCUCUGCUACCAGAAGCCAUGGCAGAGGGCCACGAUGCCGCACUGUCGGUAGCUGAGUGGCUGCGGGCACUGCACCUGGAGCAGUACACUGCACUCUUUGAGCAGCACGGACUGGUAUGGGCCACUGAAUGCCAAGGCCUCAGCGAUGCCGGCCUGGUGGACAUGGGCAUGCUCCUCCCUGGCCACCGCCGCCGUAUCCUGGCUGGACUGCAUCGUGCCCAAGCACCUCCGGUCCCUUUGCCUCGCCCUGCCCCACGACCUGUGCCCAUGAAGCGACAUAUCUUCCGUUCACCACCUGUGCCCAUCACUCCACCUGAGCCGCCACCCACAGCUGGAGAGGAUGAGGGUCUUCCUGCUGCUCCACCUAUCCCACCCCGCAGGAGCUGCCUCCCACCUGCCUGCUUCACUCCACCGUCCACAGCUGCCCCAGAUCCUGUGCUGCCCCCACUGCCUGCCAAGAGACACUUGGUAGAACCAAGCAUUCCUCCUGUACCUCCUCGAAUCGGACCCCCCUACCCACAGGCCAGCCUUCUCUCUAAGGAGGAGUUACUGCUGCCAUCAGUAUCACCCUGGUCCCAACCAGAGCCUGCAGAGAUUCCAUCCACCCUCCUGCCUGCCUUUCCCCAGGGGCCCCUGCAGCCUCCGUCUCCUCCUCCCUGUCCUCCAGUGAUCCCUCCCAAGCCUCCUCGCCUGCUCCCUGAGUUUGACGACUCUGACUAUGACGAUGUCCCAGAGGAGGGGCCAGGGGCCCCAGCCAGUGUGAUGACCAAGGAGGAGCCCCUGCCAAGCGGAGUCCCACGGGCCGUGCGCGUGGCUAGUCUGCUGAGCGAGGGGGAGGAGCUGUCUGGGGAUGACGCUGAGGAUGAGGAUGACCAUGCCUAUGAGGGUAUCCCCAAUGGCGGGUGGCCAACCAGUGGUCUGAAUCCACCCUUACGCAGCCUGAUCCCCGAUCUCCCACUGCACCCCAUGGAUGAUAUGCCUGGGGGUUCCACCCCCAUCACACCUGUCAUCAAGGCUGGCUGGCUGGACAAGAACCCACCACAGGGGUCUUAUAUCUAUCAGAAGCGAUGGGUGAGACUGGAUGCCGAUUACCUGCGAUACUUUGACAGUAACAAGGACGCCUACUCUAAGCGCUUUGUUCCUGUAGCCUGCAUCUGCCGAGUAGCUGCUACUGGAGAUCAGAAGUUUGAAGUGACCACAAAUAACCGGACCUUUGCCUUCCGGGCAGAGAGCGAUGUGGAGCGGAAUGAGUGGAUGCAGGCCCUGCAGCAGGCGGUGGUUGAGCAUCGAGCCCGUGUUCGGCUCUCUAGUGCCUCUGUGUUGGAAGCUCGAGGCACCGAGCAGCCUGACCGUGCUGGUAGCCUGGAGCUACGAGGCUUCAAGAAUAAGCUUUAUGUGGCUGUGGCUGGGGACAAAGUACAGCUCUAUAAGAAUCUGGAGGAGUUCCAUCUGGGCAUUGGUAUCACCUUCAUUGACAUGAACGUGGGCAACGUCAAGGAAGUGGACCGGCGCAGCUUUGACCUCACUACCCCCUACCGCAUCUUCAGCUUCUCGGCUGAUUCAGAGUUAGAGAAGGAACAAUGGCUGGAGGCCAUGCAGGGAGCCAUCGCAGAGGCCCUAUCUACCUCAGAGGUGGCUGAGCGCAUCUGGGCUGCAGCCCCCAACAGGUUCUGUGCUGACUGUGGGGCUGCGCAGCCUGACUGGGCCUCCAUCAAUCUCUGCGUUGUCAUCUGCAAGCGCUGUGCAGGGGAGCACCGUGGCCUGGGUGCUGGAGUGUCCAAGGUGCGGAGCCUGAAGAUGGACAGGAAGGUGUGGACAGAAACACUCAUCCAGCUCUUCUUACAGCUGGGUAAUGGCCCUGGGAACCACUUCUGGGCUGCCAACGUGCCCCCUAGUGAGGCCCUGGAGCCCAGCAGCAGCCCUGGUGCCAGGCGGUAUCACCUGGAGGCCAAGUACAGAGAGGGCAAGUACCGCCGCUACCACCCACUCUUUGGCAACCAAGAGGAGCUGGACAAGGCCCUGUGUGCUGCAGUUACCACCACUGACCUGGCUGAGACCCAGGCGCUCCUGGGCUGUGGGGCUGGGGUCAGCUGCUUCUCAGGGGACCCAGCAGCUCCCACACCCCUGGCUCUUGCCAAGCAGGCCGGACAGACUCUGCAGAUGGAGUUUCUACGGAAUAACCAGAGCACAGAGGUCCCGCGGCUGGACUCAGUGAAGCCCUUCGAAAAGCACUACUCCGUUACCCUGCCAACUGUGAGCCACAGUGGCUUCCUGUACAAAACUGCUUCUGCCGGCAAGCCUCUGCAGGACCGCCGUGCCCGGGAAGAAUUCAGCCGGCGCUGGUGUGUCCUGAGUGACGGGGUCCUGAGCUACUAUGAAAACGAACGGGCAGUGACGCCCAAUGGGGAGAUCCGGGCCAGUGAGAUUGUAUGCCUAGCAGUUUCCCCUCUGGACACCCAUGGCUUUGAGCACACUUUUGAGGUCUACACAGAGGGAGAACGGCUGUACCUGUUUGGGCUGGAGAAUGCAGAGCUGGCUCAUGAGUGGGUCAAGUGCAUUGCCAAGGCGUUUGUGCCUCCCCUGGCUGAGGACCUGCUAACCCGAGACUUUGAGCGUCUUGGUCGCCUACCCUGCAAAGCUGGCCUGAGCCUCCAGCAGGCCCAGGAAGGCUGGUUUGCCUUGACUGGCUCUGAGCUCCGAGCUGUCUUCCCAGAGGGGCCCUGGGAAGAGCCGCUGCAGCUCCGGAGACUGCAAGAGCUUUCUAUCCAAGGAGACAGCGAGAACCAAGUGCUGGUGCUGGUAGAACGGAGGAGGACACUGUACAUCCAGGGUGAGCGGCGGCUGGACUUCAUGGCUUGGCUAGGGGCCAUCCAGAAAGCAGCAGCCAGCUUGGGAGACACACUAUCAGAGCAGCAGCUUGGGGACUCGGACAUCCCAGUGAUUGUGUACCGCUGUGUGGAUUACAUCACACAGUGUGGCUUGACCUCAGAGGGUAUCUAUCGAAAGUGUGGUCAGACCUCUAAGACUCAGAGACUGCUAGACAGCCUACGGCAGGACGCACGCUCUGUGCACCUAAAAGAGGGAGAGCAGCACGUGGAUGAUGUCUCCUCUGCACUCAAACGCUUUCUCAGGGACCUGCCCGAUGGGCUCUUCACUCGUGCACAGCGCCUGGCCUGGCUGGAGGCCUCUGAGAUCGAGGAUGAGGAAGAAAAGAUAUCCAGGUACCGAGAGCUCUUGGUGCAUCUGCCCCCUGUCAACCGGGCCACUGUGAAGGCCCUUGUCAGCCAUCUGUACUGUGUACAGUGCUUCUCAGACACAAACCAAAUGAACACACACAACCUGGCUAUUGUGUUCGGGCCUACGCUCUUCCAGACGGAUGGGCAGGACUACAAGGCCGGCAAGGUUGUGGAAGACCUCAUCAACCACUAUGUGGUGGUAUUCAGUGUGGACGAGGAGGAGCUGAGGAAGCAGAGAGAGGAAGUCACAGCCAUCGUGAAGAUGCGAGUGGCUGGCACUGCCAGUGGGACUCAGCAUGCUGGCGACUUCAUCUGUACCGUGUACCUGGAGGAGAAGAAGGUGGAGACCGAACAGCAUGUUAAGAUCCCAGCAUCCAUGACAGCAGAGGAGCUUACUCUGGAGAUCCUCGACCGCCGCAAUGUAAGCAUCAGGGAAAAGGACUACUGGACUUGCUUUGAGGUCAACGAGAAGGAAGAGGCAGAGCGCCCGCUGCACUUUGCAGAGAAGGUGCUGCCCAUUGUGCACGGGCUGGGCAUAGACAGCCAUCUGGUGGUGAAGAAGUACCAGUCUAUGGAGGCUAUGCUGUUGUACUUGGCCAGCCGUGUGGGUGACACCAAGCAUGGUAUGAUGAAGUUCCGUGAAGACCGCAGCCUCCUGGGUCUGGGGCUGCCUUCGGGUGGCUUCCACGAUCGCUACUUCAUUCUCAACAGCAGCUGCCUACGGCUCUACAAGGAGGUCCGGAGUCACCGGCCUGAGAAGGAGUGGCCUGUCAAGAGCCUCAAAGUCUACCUGGGUGUAAAGAAGAAACUGCGGCCACCUACUUGCUGGGGCUUCACGGUGGUGCAUGAGACAGAAAAGCAUGAGAAGCAGCAAUGGUACCUCUGCUGUGACACUCAGAUGGAACUUCGAGAGUGGUUUGCCACCUUCCUCUCUGUACAGCAUGAUGGCCUGGUGUGGCCCUCAGAGCCCUCUCGAGUGUCCCGGGCAGUGCCUGAGGUCCGGAUGGGCAGUGUGUCGCUGAUCCCUCUCCGCGGCAGUGAGAAUGAAAUGCGCCGGAGUGUAGCAGCCUUCACUGCUGACCCCCUGUCUCUCCUCCGUCAUGUCUGAGCACAGGAGUCGUUCUGACUCUGGGACACCAUCACUGCCGCCAGGAAGCUUUCCUAUUCAGACAUCCUCAUGCUCUGCGUGUUUGGUGUGAGCCAACAGAACACACGGGGAAGCCAUACCCACAUCCUACAUCCUGGCUGCAGCACUGGCUCCUUGGCUGGACAGGAAUGGGCUGGCAGUGGGCAUUUCCCAGGAGGGGCCCUUUCUUGUUCUCCAGGCAUGCAGUGCUCUUGACCUGGCUUCCUUACCCAGGGUCAUUCUCCUUGAAUCCGUGGGAUUGGAAAGAUGGACAGAAGUCAGGAGCUGUGCAGGAGAGGCUUAAGGGUUUGGGGCCCCGCUGGGAGGGAGCCUACCCCCUCCUACCCCUUUCCCACAGGCUCUGAAAGAACUCCUUAGGGGGUCUACAAGGGAGCUCAUGGGAAGCUCCUACAGGAUGAAAUCUGGACUUGGGGAUGUCAGCCCUCUUUUGGUGUGCUGGCAGGGAGGCCCAGGCUGUGGCUGUCUGCUAUCCCUUCCCCACUUUGGAUACUUUUUGAUAAUAUAAAUAUAUCUGUAUAUUUUACCCUA